AUGAUUUUCUUUGGCAUAACAGCGGCUCAACCAGCCAGCCAGUCCGCCAGUAAGCCAUGGUAUCAGGAAGGCCAGUAUGACCCAGACAACCCGACUACUCGCGGAGGCUCCGUCAGCUAUGCCAUAAUCGAUCAAAUCACCUACGAAGGCCGAACAAAUGAUGGUAGCAGUGGGUGUAUCACCUACGAUGGCAAAGCAGCAUAUGACGAUACUUCCGAGACUGCCCGCCGGGUGAUCAAGGACUUUUUCAACGCUAUCAAUGCAAACAAAUACAUCUUCGAAAUCAACAACUCUCAGCUGGGUGGUGAUCCAAUGAGUGGGGCACGCAAGUUAUGCACGCUUUACUAUCGAUAUGGACCCGAUAGACCUCUCCUCUGCCAACAGGUCUUCGAACAUGAGUUCAUGAACUUUAACCGUAGUGUGAGGGACAUUGAGUACGGAGGUGUGCAGGUGCGCAACAGUGAAGUUGUGAAGAGGUUUAACCGAGCUUUACGGACAGCCCUUGAGUCGACCUAUGAUCCACGUAGCAAACUUGACAAGGUUUUCACCGGCAAAUAUGCAGACGACGCGGUCGAGGUCAACAAUGAUAACUGUGGCGGCGACACCAACUUUGGGAAGGAAAAAACAGUCAAGGUGUGGAUCGGGGGAAGUCUUAUGCUUGAUGCGCAGGAGGGCGAAAAGUGGCCUAACGUCAAAAGGCUUAUAGAGCUAGUCAAACGGUGA